AUGUGUUGUCUCCUGAACGCCCUGCUGGCUUUGCUGAGUCGUUUCCUGUUUGCGGUCCACGGGGUGGUGACAGUGUGGCGUGUGGUGGCAGUUAAAGAGGAGCCGAUCUAUUGGCUGCUGCUGACGGGCGUGGCUCUGCUGGGCGUGGAAAUGGCUGUCACACUGAAGUGCACCCGGAAUGCAGAGUGGAAAUGGUUCUCCCCCAUGGUUUUCCUCUACCUCAGUACUGUCAUCCCGUCCAUUUGGUUCCUGGAGCUGAGCCUGCUGCAGUCCAAGCUGCCUGUCAACAAUUCCUCCGGCCCUGAGCUUCAUUUGCUGGCUCGCAUCCCGAUCACAGCGGGCAUCGUGGAGCUUGACCCAGAGAAUUGGGUGGCAGGCCUGGAGCAGACCAUGCUCAUAGUGUUGGUUCUGGGUCGCUGGCUGAUGCCCAAAGGGGACAUGUCCCGCGAUCAGCUCUCCCAGCUCCUCAUGGUCUACGUAGGACUGGGGGCCGACAUCCUGGACAUCUUUGACACCUUUAAGGAACCUGAGGUCAAAACCAACCGAGCGAUUGUCAUCAUGGGCCUGGGUCUCUUUUCAUGGGCACUCAUGCAAUUUCCCCUGGUGCUGACCCAGACACAACCCCCAAAGGGUGAGCCACAACAGAGGAGCACAGGCGGUCGCUCCUGCUGCCCUGGUGCUCCAUCGACGUUCACCUCCUGCUGCUCCAGUGAAGUGUGGAGCUUGCUGCUCACGGUGGGACUCCAAGAUGGCCCGUUUCUGAUUUACCGGCUCUACCUCAUGGUACAAGAGCAUGUACUUAACCAGUUAAUGAUAUUCUUCACUUGCAAGAACAUCCUCAUUGUCCUCUUGGAGCUUUACAGAAUUUUUGUGGUGCAGUGCGAGCUGCCGGUUGGGGCUGGGAAUGAAGAGCGGCAACGACUGCGAGUGGCAAUUCAAUCAGAGGCCUUUCUCAUGCUUUGCUGCCCUGUAUCUGUGUCCAUCAAAUUGCUGCACUUCACCUGGCCUACGAGAUGA